AUGGACCAGUCUCUCAACGUCUUGGAGCUUCCUACUGAAGUCUUGAGUCGCAUUUGCGACGAAACCGAGGACUCCGAUCUUUCCAACCUGCGUCUCGUUUGCAAGCGGUUCUACGAUGUCUCCACUCCACGCUUCGCUGUCGUUAACUUUACGAAGACGGUCCACGUUGUUUCACCAUACAGCAUCGAUACGCUCGUAAACAUCAUGGAACAUCCUGUGUUCGGUGAUUACGUACACCACGUUGCUAUCUGCAGCGCCAGGCGCACCCAGCAACCUGCCACAGCCUAUGAGUUGCCAGCCGCCAUUAUCAACCAUAACUCAUGUCUCAGUUCCUACGUGGAUCGAUUUGGCAUGAACAACUACUCUCCCAGUCUUGUAGCGCCGAUGAGAUGCUGCGGAUGGACGAUCUUUUCUGAAUCGCUCUCGACCUUCGUCACCUGCCGGACAGCGGAGACCCUUGAAGAGACUAUCUACGCAGCUCGACGUGUAAGAUGUCCCGUCAGAUGCUUGGAGAUCACCUAUCUCAAUAUCAGAUUCCACAGUCCGAUCAUGUACGAGGAGCUUGAUGCAGCUAUGCACGGGAUCUUGAGAUCCAGUCUUAUGCCUUUCAAUAUCAAUCUGGGCGGUGAAGACAUACCGCAGAUGUCAUACAGUCACGUUUCACAACAACUGAACUUUCGCUGGUUUACCGACGGACGCAACAGUAUGUCCGGGUAUGGUGCGCGUGCAUUAUACACGUGGCUGCAGACCCAGAAGGUGACCAAAUUCAGCCUUACCAACAGUUGCGACCUUCGGACUCCCACCUUUCGACCCAUGUUCUCUCUCCACCUGAGGCAUCUGAACAUCGACAAUGCAUCUGUGUACGCACCAACCUUCGAUCAAAACCUUUGGAGCGUCCUCAUCGAAUCCAUCUCGAAUUCAUUUGGCCUGGAGUACUGUCGACUAAGCAACCUGACCUAUCGCAUCGAUCUCACUUCAAGUGAUGAAGUCGAUCACACUGGUUAUUUCGUACAGUACUUGGUACUCCCCGGUCAUGGAGAAUACGUAUGGACUUGCAGACUUGCAGAGUUCAGGCUGCUUCUCCCCGGUGGAGCCACCAGCGUUGAGUUGGAUGGUCCUGAGAUCUGCGAAAGACUUCUUGAUCUGAGCCACUACGUGAGGGCAGCAGAGAACAGCAAGUGUCAACGGAUCGUCAGCGAUGGAGCCGUCAAAGACGACAUCGUGGGAGUUCAGCGUCAAGAUCAGAAGUAA